GGGAGGAGGGGGUACCGCACUGUCGAUACGAGUCCAAGUGGAGGAAGCAGGAGCAGAGACGCAUUAUUGCAGUAGCCUACAGACCCACAACACUUUGCGCGGACGGAACGCGCACAGAGAGAGAGAGAGAGAGAGAGAAAGAGGAGGAGGGGGUUAAAGAAAUCAGCUGAAUUUCAUGACUGGACUUUUUUCAUUCACUCUCCUCUUUUAAAAAAAAAUUUCACGCAGUUUUCCCAGCAGCUUCAGAAGCUUGUGACUGAGGCAGCCGCGUGUCUGUGAGGACGCAUCAUCACCACCAUCAUCAGCAUCACCAGGAGCAUCGAGCUGCAGGAACCUGAAGUGGAUUAGUGACUUUCCUCGUCCUCCUCCAGCUCCUCCGGCUCACUCGUCCGCACAGUAUUGCGGCACUUGGCCACAGAGAAUCCGCUCUGCUCCACUGCGCCAACAACAACCUCCAUUUUUCUUUUUUCAUCAAAGCCUGGACUUUGUUUGGAACCACUGCCCACAAACCCAGUCUCUUUCCUCCCCUCUGUGAUCUUUCAUCUCUUUUUUUCCUGUCGUGGUGGUACUUCAGACCCUCCCUCCCUCGCUUCCUCUCCUCCCUCCCUCCGCUGCCGUGCGUCACUUCUAACAGCUGCAUAGAAGAUGUCUGCCCCAGAUGCUGCUGCCCCAGCUGGAGCCCCUGGUGCUCCUGGAGCCCCUGGUGCAGAUGGAGCCCCAGCUGGCCCACCUCCAGGCCCACCCAACACCUCCAGCAACCGCAGGCUACAGCAGACUCAGGCCCAAGUCGAGGAGGUGGUGGACAUCAUGCGGGUGAACGUGGACAAGGUUUUGGAAAGGGACCAGAAGCUCUCAGAGUUGGAUGACAGAGCGGACGCUCUCCAAGCCGGAGCCUCUCAGUUUGAGAGCUGUGCAGCAAAGCUAAAGAACAAGUACUGGUGGAAGAACUGCAAGAUGAUGAUCAUGAUGGGCAUCAUUGGAGUCAUUGUGGUUGGAAUAAUAUUCUUAUACUUCUUCUACUGAACUCAGCCCAUCCGUUUAGAUGGGUAUGGACUUAAGAAUGAUACAAGAGGGAAGAGGGAAAAGAAGAAUGCAACUCCUCCCCCUUUUAUCUGUCCUCUCCUCCCUCUUUUCACAGUCUUCCAUCAAACCAUCUUGCACUUAAACAUGACUCCAGUGUUUGUAGGUGUCUCUGCUUUCUUUGUCCGUCUUUCCCCUCCCUUGUUUUUGCUUUCUUCCACUGGUUUGACGUGAAGUCACACUCACUCUCUCCUGCCUCUGCACCUCAUGUGUUAUUGAAGGUCGCAGUAGGCAGAGAGAAGGGUGAGGAAGAAAGGGAACGAGGGAGAGAGAGAGAGAGAAUCCUUGUGACGGGAACAUGUGGGGCGAAGCCCAAUUAACGGAGCUUUGGGGGAAAAUGUUCAACGUACAGAGGGUGAACGUGUGCAGCGAGAUUGAACCAGUCCUUUCUACACCCGAUACACCAAAGCUUGUUCAUAUUAAUGUUUUUGAAAGUCCUGCAUUUGUAAAUUGAUACUGACAAGACAAAACUAACACACUCUGUCUCACCACUGCUGCCAUCAUUUCUGCUUAUUAACACAAGGUCAUGUUAGAUUAAGAUUAUGCUCAACUUUGUUGUAAGCCUAAGUAUUUGUGAUCCAAAAACACAGUAGCAUAUAGCUUUUUCCAAGUUUAGCGGAUUAGGGCUUUUAUUAGUGAGUUUCAUUUACUUUGCUGCCUAACAUUUUCUCUUGCGUAGCUUCUUAUUUCUCCAGUGUUUAGUAUAAGUGAAGUAGAUGAAGUGACUGUGUAAGAAUAGUAGUUUUUUCUUUUUCUUUUUUUUAAAAAAAGGAAGAAUUCAGGGAACGAUACUAAAAGCAUAGAACCAUUUUUUUCUGUCUAAAUGAGUGAAAUAUUUCUCGACUGAUAAGAAGUUAUUGACAAAGUAGUUCCUUGGUGAUGGUUGAUUUUGUACCGGGGGUUUCGUACCGCAGGAGGUGGUAUGGUCAGUAGCAGCAAGGUGAACAGACGAGCAGCCACUUACAGACAAUCCACUGUACACAUGAACUGACCGCUCCGGCCCAGAGGAAGGUCUCUCAACUCUGACUUCCAGCGAGUCAAAGCCAUAGACAGAUGAGUGUGUCGUGUCACAUUUCAAACAGGUACAAAUGUCCACUUGAUUCAAGAGUCCUGCUGAAAAAGUCUUUGAUUGAUUGUGGUUUAAGUCGACUUGAUCUAAAAAAAAAUGAUAAGAAGAAAAAUCGGAGCCAUUCAUUCCCUCAGCCCGAUCACAUGACAACAGACUCACCUUCAGUCCUGUCACGGCCUAAAUGAGGCGUUUGUUUCUAACUUGCAUGGCAAACGGUGUCCAUAGUUUGACCUUUUUGUGUGACCUGUGUAUCUGCCAUCUCUGAAUCUAACUGCCGACUGUACAUUUUCUUUCGUUAGUGGUAUUAUGGACCUAUGUAUGUAUUUUCAGAUCUGAUAAUUACUGCUUAUGCAAUGCAAUGAUGCUGAAGAGUUUGCCAAGACUUAAAUUUACUUGCUUUAAGAAAAACAAAACAAUAUUCAGAGACUGAAAUCAUCUACUACUAUUGUGACCUGUUAAAAACAUGUAGUAUUGUACAAGUACAACUAUAGUGCACAUCUGUCAGACUAUGCUCCUGAAUGUGUUUAUAAAUUCUUUCAGGUUUUUAGGGAGUUGUUGGAGAAAAGAAAAGCAAUUUAUUUUCUCUCUUUUUAGACUGAUUUGGAGAGUGGAUACGAUUGUGAAAAUAUGAAGAAACUUAUGCAUUUAUGUAUGAUUGUAGCAGUUUUACAAAAUUAUCUGGUGAUAUUUUACAAUAUCACCAGAUAAUUGACACAUCAGAUAUGAAAAUGUGAGAUUUACAACUUGAAAAUGCAGUAAGAAAUGCAAGUGGAAUUGCGAAAAAUAAAUGCAUGCUUACCACUUUUGCUGAUGCCAAUAAAGAAAUCAUCAAUAAAACUGA